GCUCUUUGUGGUACUUUUUUUGUGAUUCUGUCCUGUCCUCGAGACGGUGAUGAUUUGUGGAGAAGUGGGAACACAAGUCUGGCACGACUGGGCCAGAAAUUGCACUAAAACUUGGCGCAGAUUGUCCGGCAGCCCGUGUUAACAUCCCAGUCCCCUUAAUCUGGCAAAUGAACUCUGUGGACUGUUGACAGCUCUGUAGGACACACACACACACACACACACAGAGGCGUGCAGUGAGCAAACAGUGCAACAGUAAAGUAGGCUAAUGUUGUUUAACUUUAUGUCCUCUCAGUUAUAAGAAAAAUUGUGAUAUAAUGUGGAUUUACUGAAAAUAAAACUGAGACGAUACAUGUUUUCAAGCGGACAAAGAUUAUUUCUGAGCGCCAUACCUCAAUGAAAGACUUUGUAAUCUGGUAUAAUUAUUCCCAUUGUUUGGAAGACAAAAGUAAUUCUGUUUAAACAAAUUUGCUAAAUGAUCAAUUCUCUAUAUGUGGGUUUUGGAAAGUUCCACAAAAUGUUCCCUCUAUUUUAUGCUUAAAAGAAUGAAAUCAGUUCAUUUGAGACGAAUAAACUGAGUUUAUGUGGCAUGCAAACGAAAAUAUACAAAAGUUUCUCUACAAAGUGAGCCAAUUAUCUUGUAGCUAGAAGAAAAGUGUGUCAUGUUGACACAAAGCCGGUGUUUUUUGUUUUUUCUUUUCCUCUACGUGGUCCAAAGUCCCCGAAGCUCAUAAAAUAAUUCAGCUGGAGUCAUAGGAGUAAAUGAAUUGUGUGCUGCGUUUUCAUAUAGCCGUAAAGGAGAAGGAGGAAGGUGCUGAGGGGGUGGGGUGGGGGUUUGGAUAUGAGUGGUGUGUUUAAAGGAGGAGGAGUGUGACUGUGUAAUUACGUGGUGAAAAAAAAAAGAGAAAAAAGUUGGGUCUGAUUUGCUGGAAUUGCGCAGGACCGAAGGUGCAGCGGUCGAUUUCAUAUCAAGUUUGGCUGAAGCGGGGGUUAACAUCACACAUUCGGCACCCUGUGAAGCUCUUCCCUGAUGCUUUUUAUGAGAUACCACCGCACCGAGACGCGCAAAGAGCCCACGCAGUAGAGGAGGAACGCAGCGCUUCGCUCCGGCUCUGCGAGUUCAGUCUGCAAGUGCUUGCUUUUAACUUAAACACAAAUACAUCGAUACUUCUCCUUCUGUCCGCGGUGACGACAAUCUCUGGAUCGCAAGAAUUGAUGGAUAUUCUUGGAUAACUCCAUUUAUUUUUGUUUGACGCGGAUAGCUGCUCCACACUCUUGCAUGGUGCACAUCGGUCCAGGAAUGGCGCGAUGAAGUGAUCAGAGGAAUCCAGUCCAAGUACAAUCACUUUGUGUGUUGCCGUCUCGUCAUGUAUUCCCCGAUUUGUCUAACUCAGGAUGAAUUUCAUCCCUUCAUCGAGGCACUUCUUCCUCACGUACGUGCCAUUGCCUACACGUGGUUCAACCUCCAGGCCAGAAAACGCAAGUACUUCAAGAAGCACGAGAAGCGGAUGUCCAAGGAUGAAGAGCGCGCAGUGAAGGACGAGCUUCUGGGCGAAAAGCCCGAGGUGAAGCAGAAAUGGGCAUCCAGGCUGCUGGCCAAGCUGCGGAAGGACAUUCGACAGGAGUACCGGGAGGACUUUGUCCUCAGUGUGACGGGCAAGAAGCCCCCGUGCUGUGUGUUGUCCAACCCGGACCAGAAAGGCAAGAUCCGUCGGAUCGACUGUUUGCGGCAGGCCGACAAAGUCUGGCGUCUGGACCUGGUGAUGGUCAUCCUCUUCAAAGGCAUCCCUCUGGAAAGUACAGACGGCGAGCGCCUGGUCAAGUCUCCGCAUUGCACCAACCCAGCACUUUGUGUCCAGCCACACCACAUAACAGUAUCGGUCAAGGAGCUGGACUUGUUUCUAGCAUACUAUGUCCAGGACCAAGACUCGCAGCAGUCAGGAAGUCCAAGUAACAAUGAGCCAGGCAAAAACCCUCUUCCAGUUUAUUUGGAAGACAGUUUCAUCAAAUCAGGAGUCUUCAGUGUUGCAGAGCUGGUGCGAGUGUCCAGAAUGCCCAUCACCCACGGCGCAGCGGUACCCUUCUCCAUGGCUGACAUGCCCAGCCAACCCUACUAUCAUGACCUGAACUCCAGUGCGGGACUGCAUCGCUCCCUGUCUUCCCCUCCCGGCAGCAAAAGGCCCAAAACUGUCAACAUGGACGAGAACAUGGACACCAGCCCGACAGGACCUGACUUCUACUCAUCACCCAGCUCACCAGCAAGCAGUCGGGCAAACUGGCAUGAGCGAGACGGAGCAGACAUGUCCUCUCCCACCAUGAAGAAGACAGAGAAACUGUUCAGCCCCACCUCUCCGCAGGACUCCUCGCCACGACUCAGCACUUUCUCUCAGCCUCAUCACCCGGGCCUAACAGGUGUGGGACACAGUGUUAUAUCGACGAGGAGCCCCCCUCCACACUCGCCCCUGCAGUUCUCGGCCUCGGCAAUCUUGCCCCCGGCACCAUCGACCUACUUCUCACACACCACCAUCCGCUACCCGCCUCACCUCAACCCUGCUGAUCCCCUCAAGAGCUACGUGCCGUCUUACGACCCGUCCAGCCCACAGAGCAGCCAGCCUAACAGCAGUGGUCAAGGGGUUGGAAAGGUCCCAGGCCACUUCACCCCAGUCUUGGCUCCUUCGCCACACCACGGCGCUGUGCGACCUGUCUCGCUCUCCAUGCCCGACACCAAGCCCAUCACCACAUCAACAGAAGGCUACUCAACCCCAGGCACCCCAACAGCUAAUCGAUUUGUAAGCCUGAACCCUAGAGAUCCAACCUUCCUCCACCAGCAACAGCUGAGGAAGUGUGACUGGAGCGUGACUCAAAACGGCAGGCAUUAUGGCCCCAGUGCCACUGACGACACUUUGGGGAUUGCUUGGCAAAGUCCUGGUACCUGGGCGAGCUUAGUUCCAUUCCAAGUGUCGAACGGGACUCCGAUUCUGCCAACAAAUGUCCACCAGAACUACAGCAUAAACAUCAUUGGUGAGCCCCUGGUCCCCGCUGAGACAGGGAACUGAGCAUGCAGAAGCCGGAUGACCCACCUCCCCCACCCCCACCCUCAGGGUGGAAGGGUAGGUGGGGGUGCAGAGCUAGCACUACAGGUGAUUGCAGCCAUGGACGAAACCAGCAGAGCAGCAGGUGCUGCGUAAACUCCCCUCCCCAGCUCCCCUUAACUCCCCAUCUCACCCUUUCCAUCGCCCACACCUGCUCACUUCCCCUCCCCCACUCCCGUCCCUCAUGAUGAUGGACACUGGCCCUGAAGUGAAGAUGAGGUUCAGAGGAAAGAAAGAAAGAAAGGAGGAAGAAGAAGAAGCUUCAGGUUGGCUGUCUCCUCGUACUCAUCCACCACCCACCAGUCAGUUGUUGUGUUUGCAGAACUUUUCAAUCCAUUCAGAUACUGUGAUGUAUAGAUGCCUUAAUGUUUUAUUGCAUGACACUCUAGACUCUUAGCAGCAAUUCCUACUAUUUUUCCAUGUCAGAGGAAGAUGUACACUUCCAAUUUAAACACAAACACUCACUCAAAUACACACACACACACACACAUAAGCGAGGGGGUCUGCAUAUUGACACCUGCCUGGUGGAUGGCUCAGAGACUCUAAGCUCUGCGACCUCUUGAAAAGAGGCUCUCCCUCAUCGAACGACUCACUGUGUACACCAUAGGAACAAAAAAACAAAAACAAAAAACAAAAAAAACUUGUGAAUUCAGAGUGUUUCUUCUUCCGUUUGAUUUCAGUUUACUGUGACACGACUUUUUGUUAAAAAAAUGUGUUGAUUUUGUUUAUCUUUACUGCUACUUCUUUCAAGAAUUAAUGUAAACACUUACGGCGAGAGUUGAGAACUCUCGAUGCAGUUAAAAAAAAAACAAAACACUAAUCGCUAGGCUUGAGAUUGAACCCCUCCUAAAAAGAAUUCGCAACUCCUUUUCAAAAGGAAUGAAAAAGAAAAGUAGGAAAAAUCGCGACAGAGGCAAGUGCAAUUGAAUUUUUUUGAAGGGAAGCUAUCAGUCUGUCAGCCCUCAGACUCUAAAGGAAGGGGGAUAAUUAUUAAAUGUUUUAUUGGGGAAAAAAAAAUGUUUCAGAAAACAUUUGAAUUUGAGUUCAGACACAUAUCCGUCUCUUCGCAUGAGAAAAACAUCAAGCGUGAAAGGCAGUUGAAGGCACGCAUAAAGCUACCUGUGCAGCGCUGAGCAAAACCAGCACUUACUUUGAGCCCUUCCCGUCAUUGCUGGGAAGAUUUUUAUUUAUUUUUUUUUUUGGGGCGGGGGGGUGUGUGGGGACAAAAAAAAAAAAAAAGAACAACUGUAAAAAUAAGUCAAGAAAUGAGACACACAUAGUGUGUUUCAAAAGAUCAAGAGCAUAUGCAUUUGGCCAUCAGCUUGUAAAGCUUAUGUUUACAAAAAAGAAAAAAAGUAAUAAAAGUGUUUAUUCAUGGAAAUUUAUUAUUAAUGCAAACGUACUGAAGGCUUAUGGGUAAAGCUACAAAUUGUGCAAGGUGAACUCUAAAGUGGAAGAGGUUGAAAACUGAAAAUAUAAAUCCGGGUUGAGGCAAAAAAAAAAAAAAAAAAAAAAAUCCUAAAAUCUAGAACUGUGCGUGGUGCGUUCAAAGCCACUGCCUCUCUGGUUCGGACACAUUCACACAAGGAAAAUCUCUCUGAUACUCUGUUAAUUUGCACGAUGACAUAUAGUCCACAUUACGUGCCUUGCCUUUGAAUAUAGAGACAUCACUACACUUGUUUUUUGCUGCAUUUAUCAUUAUAGAAAAAAAUUAACAUUUUUAUGAUAAGAAUUGUUUUGUACUCUGAAUGAAUUUGUUGAUUUUUAACUUCAUGUACUACUCUAUCUCACAGUUACAUUGCAUAUCAAGGCUGUGUAUAGUUGCCGUUUUAAAGUUUGUAAUCAGCCAGCAUUUUUUUUUUUUUUUUUUUUUUUUUGGUUUGUUUUCAGUAUUUUUGGUGGUUUUUCUAAUAACCUGUCAUCUUUUGUUUUUUCUUGUUUUUUGAUGCUCAUUUUGUUCAUCUUCCAGUUACUAUCAUGGAGGGUGAAAUUCAGAAUUAUGAAAAUUAUGCAAUACCAAGUUUUGCCUAUGUAGGUAGUGCUUAUAGAUGCGUCAGUUAUUAGAGGCUAGUUUGGAGAUAGAUAAUAUUGUAAUGCAUUUAUUUUGUUGAUAUUGUUGUUCGUCGUUGUUGUUGUUGUUGAUGUUGUUGUUGUUGUUGUGGGUGUUUUCCUUUUUUAUUGACCAAAGUGGGGACUGCUUUCUAUGCAGUGUAAGACAAGGUCUUUUUUUUUUCUUCUCUAGCAUAUAGAUCCUAAUGAGGGUGAGACAUGUUCCAGUGUAUUAUGAAAUUGGGAGUUAUUCGGGGAGGUGGUGGAAUUUUUCUAGAAGUACGUAUGAGAAAAAAAAAAGCACCCUUGGUCUUCUGUAUGGCUGCAAAGUCACUGAUUGGUCUGCUGUGACUCUUUACUUUCAACUUUCCACCUGGGGUGCUAGCAUGUGACCUUUUGAAGGAGCUCAUUUUUCACAGGAGAGACGGCUUGACUUGAGCAUGACAAUCAUUUUAAGAGAUCAUUUUGCAUAGAAUCCCAUCCAAUCUCGGAUCCCUUGGGGCUGCAACUGAGGUUGGACACAGUUGCAUGCUUUUAGAAGCACCGUACUAUUCUAGAUGUCGCCGAAUGCAAUUUCCAAGUAGAUGCCUUAAUCACAUCAGUGAAGUGGCCUGUGACCUGCGCAACAAUCACACACCGACUAAUGCUAGUGAGACCUGUCCAAAUCAGUUCCAGACAGGCUCAAGCAAGCCUUUAGAAAGUAUUUUAUAAGUAGUAAAUUUGUAUAAAUGUAUAUACGAUAUGCACAUGUGUCAGUUCGUGAGAGACUUCCCUAGCAGAGCCAGUAAAGUAUGUUAAAGAAAAUAUUGGACUGUGAAGAAAUAAAUUCUCUAACUUUAUGUCCAAUGGCCCAGUAGAAGCUUAAAUAGAAUCCAGUAGAACAAAAAUAUAGCACUUAAAUAGCACAUAGGCAAUCAUCUCUCUUUUCACCCCCCACCCCCGUGCAGAGUUCAGAACUGAGUCUCAUAUGAAAUCUCUCAGGCACAUUACAGGGCAUUGUUUGUAUCAAUCAUUAUCUUACCAUUUUUAAAGUAGAAAGUAGACUUUUCUCACAGGAAAAGCAGCACGGCCGAUGCUGCUGUGACACCUUUUGCACUCUUUCCCUACAAUCGUGAAAGAAACGUUUCCUUUUUUGGAAAGGUGGUACUACCGAGAGCUCUCCGGCGUGAGCAGAGGGCCGCGGAGCAGAAAUCAUUGUUAUAAAAUGAUCCUCAAGUCAAGCUCAAUCUCUCUGUUUUCACCCUGAUUUCUUACACAGAUAAAACAAAAGAAAAAAGAAAAGAAAUAGUCACCCCGUUCUAUGUGCACUGUUCUUUUUUUUUCUUUAUUUAGUUUUUCUUUGAAAAUAAGUGCUUUGCAGCCUUUGGCCAUUGGAGACCCCACUGAAGUGCAUUGUCCCCAAGUUUGUUUGUGUGUGGAUGUGUGCGUGUAUACAUGAGAUAAAUUGUGUCAGGGUCACUGUGCUGUUGUGUUAUUGAAUAGGAGACUGUACAUAAAGGUAAAUAUCCUGAUGGUGUCACUAGCAGUAGUCCGUGGGGGGAUUGAACUCUGCUUUAGCAGCUUGAGUGUGUGCAUGCGAGCACGUGGGUGUACGUGGGUGAAUUUGCGAGCUGGAUGUGUAGAUUGAGUGCCUCUGACACUACACAGCAAGAGAAGAUGAGGGUCUUUUUAUUUGGGAAAAAAAACAACAACAAAAACAACAACAACAAAAAGAAACAGCCUGCCAUAAGACAGGAGUUUGUACACUGUAAACUUUCUGGGGAGUACUUCUUUGAAGCCCCUAUUUGUAAAUCUUCAUUUCUGGGGGAAAAAAGAGUCAGUUCCAUUUUAGGAAGAUUAAAAAAAAAAAAAAAAAGAAUUUACCAUUUUGUUUUAUUUGUUUAUUUAGAGGCUGGAUUUGAGUUAGAACUCUCCGGAUUUCCCUGAUUAGUAGGAUCUAAAGUGUUUUUAAUCAGCUGUUGUGUUCCUGUAUGUAAAAAUUGAAAAGGGUGGUGGGGUGGGAGGGUUAGUGGUGGUGGUGGUAGGGGGGGGAUCUAUAAAUAUAAAAAACAACAACAAUGAAGGCUUUUUUUAUUAUUAUUAUUAUUAUUAAUGUUAUUAUUUCUGAACUUGGUUAGUGCUUAGAUAUUUCCAUUUGGGAAACACUUCAUGAAUAUUUGAAUUUCAUUAGUGUGGCCAUAGCGAGUGUGAUGUGAUUUAUCUCUCUUUCAUUGUUUUUUUUUUUUUUUGUUUUUGUUUUUUUGUUUUUUUUUUAAUGGGUUUGAAUUCUUGUCCAACAAGAUUAUGGUAUGAUUGUGUUUUUUGUAGCAGCUGGAAAGUGAUGUCACUUAAACCAGUAAAAAGCUAAAAAAAAAAAAGAAUAAAAAACAAAAAUUGAAAAAAAAGGCCCAGAUUGCACCUGACCUUAAAUGAGAAGCAGGGUAAAAUCUCCAGUGACAAACGUCCGUGAUGAAUCUGUAAGAUUCCUUUUUUUCUUAAUUCUUUUUUUUUUUUUUUUUCUUCUUCUUUUUUUGGAAUUGUUUCAAGACGAUUGGUGCUACGUCUCGCCAUAUAUCCAAUUUGGCUGGCCAUUGUUAGAGCUGUCUACAUGCUUCAUAAGCAGAUGAUGCUCUCCUCAAUAAUCUCCUAAAAAGCAUCCUCAUUUUGCACUUUCCACACGCUGUCAAAGCCUGAUGUACUAUAGAAAACCCCCAUUCACACUACAAAACAAACAUGACAUGAACUUCAGGUGCUUCAUAUUAGGGUACUGUACCUUCCAGCUGAGGAAGUGUUUUUGGGUUUGAAUGUAGCCGGUCAGGAAGCUCUUGAAUCUUUAUGAAAUUAUAAUCAGUGUUCAACCCAUCAGCAGCUUCAAGGCAGAUCUUGAUGCUCACAAUGACUUUAUUUUAAGAAAGUAUUACUACACCGAUCGGCGUGAUCACAGAGGAACAGGGCAACUUUAUGCAAGGAGGACCUGUGGCACUCAUGCAAUAUGUGAGACUUCUUUUUUUUUUCUUUCCUUUUUAACUAAAUGUCAAGCACUCUGUAGGGACUGAGAGGGCGUAUACAUGCAGACGUAAGGGAAACAUUAAAACUUCAUUUUCAUCCCACAUGAGCAAUACACAUUUUCCAUACUUUUGGCUAGCUGCUAGUCACUUGGCAUCAGGUUGUUAUGAAACAUGAAAACCAGCAUUUUUACAGGAUGUAACAUUCACCAAAAGGAGUCAAGAAGAUAGCAAUGCAGUGCCUGUUCAAGCUGUCCAAGUGUUGUAUAUAAUUGUAGAAUGUGAUAGACCUUACUCUCCUAUGUGACGAUAAAAAAAAGAAAACAGCAUUACAUAGAAGAGAAAGAGGCAAACUCAUCUGGAAAUAUACUCUUUAUUACUUCUUUCAUUUUUUCAAGCUUUUUUUGUAAUGUAUUCAUUUUCUAAUUAUGUCAGCACACAGUUCCCACAUCAAGCUUGUUUAUAAUUUGAUAUUACAUGUUUCUUGUUUUUCCUGAGAGUGAGGUGAGAGGGUCAGUGCUACAUUAAGCGCAGUGAAAGAAUGAAAUAGUGUUUUGGUUCUUUUGUUUGUUUUUCUUUUUUUUUUAACAAAAAGAAAAUAUUAGUCACCAUUUUUCUUCUGCAGGGCUGAUAUCUUUUUUGUUUUGGGGUCUUGUGGCACUUUUACUUCCCUCUGCGCACACAUUUCACUCUGUUUGAGGAAUCAUGGUGGAAUUCUAUGUAACGAACAACAACAACAACACCAACAAAACAAUAUGUAAACAGUCUCCAGUAGUGAUCGUAGUUACACUGCAAGUGUGUGCAAAGGUCUAUGUAUGUAUCUGAAUGUACGUUUUAGAGGACUUUUGGAAACCUGUUUUAUUUUGGAUUUUUUUUUAAAAAUCUUUUUAAUUUACAGUUUAGGAGCCACAGGUGUCCAUUGUGAAAUGUAUAGCGAAGGCCUUGAUAUCCCUUCUUUUAUUGAUUUUUAGAAAUGCCAAGCAUUAGGCUAUGCCUUCAAGCUGGUUACAUUUGAUGCAGGGGCUAAAAUUGCCACAAGAUUAAAAUCAGUGUAAAUAAAGGCUCAACUUUUUGUGAUUGUUACUGUUAUAUCCAGCCUAUACUGCUAGCAGCUGUUUUUACUGCAGUCAAUUACUGGAAGUGGAUAUAUUUCCUAUGCAAAACUGUUUAAACAAUAAAAAUGAGCUAUGCUACAAAAAUGA